UACCAAGUGGAAGAUGAGUCCUCUCACUUGGAUGAAAUGCCACUAAUGAUGUCAGAAGAAGGCUUUGAAAAUGAUGAGAGUGAUUACCAUACUCUACCAAGAGCCAGAAUUUCUCAGAGAAGAAGAGGCUUAGAAUGGUUUAUCUGUGGUGGCUGGAAGUUCCUUUGCACUAGUUGUUCUGAUUGGCUCAUAAACAUUUGCCGAAGAAAGAAAGAGCUGAAGGCUCGCACAGUGUGGCUUGGGUGUCCUGAAAAGUGUGAAGAAAAAUACCCCAAAAAUGCCAUAAAAAAUCAAAAAUACAACGUCUUUACCUUUAUACCUGGGGUUUUAUAUGAACAGUUCAAGUUUUUCUUGAAUCUCUAUUUUCUCGUCGUGUCCUGCUCACAGUUUGUACCAGCAUUGAAAAUAGGCUACCUGUACACAUACUGGGCUCCUCUGGGAUUUGUUUUGACGGUCACAGUGGUACGGGAAGCCGUUGAUGAAUUUCGACGUUACAAGAGAGACAAGGAAAUGAACUCACAGUUAUAUAGCAAGCUGACAGUACGAGGUAAAGUGCAAGUUAAGAGUUCAGACAUACAAGUUGGAGACCUCAUCAUAGUGGAAAAGAAUCAACGAAUCCCAUCUGACAUGGUGUUUCUCAGAACAUCGGAAAAAACUGGUUCGUGUUUCAUUCGAACUGACCAGCUCGAUGGAGAAACAGACUGGAAACUGAAGGUUGCUGUCAGUUGCACACAAAGAUUGCCAGCUUUGGGGGAUCUCUUUUCAAUCAAUGCUUAUGUUUAUGCUCAGAAGCCACAGCUGGAUAUUCACAGUUUUGAGGGUACCUUCACACGGGAAGACAGUGAUCCAGCAGUUCAUGAAAGCCUAAGCAUUGAAAAUACUUUAUGGGCAAGCACUGUUGUUGCUUCAGGAACUGUAAUUGGUGUUGUCAUUUACACAGGCAAGGAAACUCGAAGUGUAAUGAACACGUCCAAUCCAAAAAAUAAGGUUGGCUUGCUGGAUCUGGAGCUGAAUCAACUGACCAAAGCCCUGUUUUUGGCUUUAGUUGCACUAUCAGUUGUUAUGGUAACCUUGCAAGGAUUUGUAGGCCCAUGGUAUCGCAACCUUUUCCGGUUCCUCCUCCUGUUUUCCUAUAUCAUCCCGAUCAGUUUACGUGUGAACUUGGACAUGGGUAAGGCAGCCUAUGGGUGGAUGAUUAUGAAAGAUGACAAUAUUCCUGGAACAGUUGUUCGAACUAGCACCAUACCAGAAGAGUUGGGACGAUUAGUUUAUUUACUAACGGAUAAAACAGGAACACUUACACAGAAUGAGAUGAUAUUUAAGCGCCUCCAUCUAGGUACUGUGUCCUAUGGAACAGACACAAUGGAUGAAAUUCAGAGUCAUAUUAUAAACUCUUAUUCACAGGUGCACUCUCAGAAUAGUGGAAACAGCACGAGUUCAACACCAUCUAGGAAACCUCAGUCGUCUGCGCCCAAAGUCCGCAAGAGCGUCAGCAGUCGGAUACACGAAGCAGUGAAGGCCAUUGCGCUGUGCCACAACGUGACCCCGGUAUACGAGUCCCGGGCUGGUGUGUCUGGAGAAACAGAAUAUGCAGAGGUGGAUCAGGACUUCAGCGAUGAAAAUCGAACUUACCAGGCUUCCAGCCCUGAUGAGGUAGCUCUGGUGCAGUGGACAGAGAGUGUCGGUCUCACUCUGGUUAACAGGGAUUUGACCUCAAUGCAGCUGAAGACCCCUGAUGGACACAUUCUGACCUACUACAUUCUGCAGAUCUUUCCCUUCACUUCUGAGAGCAAGCGCAUGGGGAUCAUAGUUAGGGAUGAAUCGUCGGGAGAAAUUACAUUUUACAUGAAGGGUGCAGAUGUUGCAAUGUCCACUAUUGUACAAUACAAUGAUUGGUUGGAAGAAGAGUGUGGUAAUAUGGCACGGGAAGGACUGCGUACGCUGGUGGUUGCGAAAAAAUCACUGACUGAAGAACAGUAUCAAGAUUUUGAGAGUCGAUAUAACCAAGCAAAGUUAAGCAUACAUGAUAGAAACCUGAAGGUUGCUGCUGUUGUAGAGAGUUUGGAGCGAGAAAUGGAAUUGCUGUGUCUCACCGGAGUAGAAGAUCAGCUGCAAGCAGAUGUUAGACCAACUCUAGAGAUGCUAAGAAAUGCUGGAAUAAAGAUAUGGAUGUUAACAGGAGAUAAACUGGAGACAGCAACUUGCAUUGCGAAAAGUUCUCACUUAGUGUCUAGGACUCAAGAUAUUCACAUUUUCAGACCUGUUACAACUCGAGGAGAGGCUCACCUAGAACUAAAUGCCUUUAGGAGGAAGCAUGAUUGUGCCUUGGUGAUAUCUGGGGACUCACUUGAGGUUUGUCUGAAGUAUUAUGAGCAUGAAUUUGUAGAGCUGGCUUGUCAGUGUCCUGCUGUAGUGUGCUGCCGAUGUUCUCCCACCCAAAAAGCUCAUAUUGUGAAACUGUUACAGCACCACACUGGAAAACGCACGUGUGCAAUAGGUGAUGGAGGAAAUGAUGUCAGCAUGAUCCAAGCAGCAGACUGUGGAAUUGGAAUUGAAGGCAAGGAGGGAAAACAAGCUUCCCUAGCAGCUGACUUUUCUAUCACACAGUUUAAACACAUAGGUAGGCUGCUGAUGGUACAUGGUCGAAACAGUUACAAAAGAUCAGCAGCACUAGGUCAAUUUGUCAUGCACCGGGGCCUUAUUAUUUCAACUAUGCAGGCUGUAUUUUCAUCAGUCUUCUAUUUUGCAUCUGUUCCCUUGUACCAAGGAUUCCUAAUGGUAGGGUAUGCAACUAUAUAUACUAUGUUUCCAGUCUUCUCUCUAGUAUUGGAUCAGGAUGUGAAGCCAGAAAUGGCAUUGCUAUAUCCAGAACUUUAUAAGGAUCUCACAAAGGGAAGAUCUUUGUCAUUUAAGACCUUCCUCAUCUGGGUUUUAAUCAGUAUUUACCAAGGUGGUAUUCUGAUGUAUGGAGCCCUGCUGCUUUUUGAAUCUGAAUUUGUACAUGUCGUUGCCAUUUCCUUCACUGCCCUAAUCUUGACUGAGCUCUUGAUGGUUGCACUGACCAUACGAACAUGGCACUGGUUAAUGGUGGUGGCUGAAUUCCUCAGUCUUGGCUGCUAUGUGGCCUCUCUUGCAUUUCUAAAUGAAUACUUUGGUAUAGGCAGAGUGUCUUUUGGAGCUUUCUUAGAUGUUGCCUUUAUCACAACUGUGACCUUCCUGUGGAAAGUGUCAGCAAUCACUGUUGUAAGCUGUCUUCCACUUUACAUUAUCAAGUACUUGAAGCGCAAAUUUUCUCCUCCAAGUUACUCCAAGCUUACCUCGUAAAAGUAAUUAUAUUCCUGUGGUUUUUCACUCACACCAGUCUGCAAAUUGCACACUCACUGUGCUUUAGUGUCUAUGGAUUUAUGCUGGACUAAAGAAAUGUAAAAAAAAAAAAAAAAAAAAAAAAAAAAAAAAAAAUCGAAAUCAAAAGUGAUAGAGUGAAUAGAGCACAAAAAGAGGAGGAAACACCUGACAGGUACAAUAACACAGAAGUACACUAACAAGACUAUCAGAGAUAAACUAAAUUUUCUUCAUGUUGAUUUUUUUUUUUUUACUUUCAGUUGCUAUGAUUAUAAAAUUAAACCGAAUUACCUUUGAUUUGACAAUGCUUCUGAAUGGCUUCAUUGCUACUGUAAAGGAUUUUUUGCUACUGUAAAGGAUUUUUUCCUACUGUACUAAUCUUCUGCAAGUUGAAUUGAAAGUUUUGUUAUUUAUUACAUAACUUCACUUCUUUAAUUGUUACAUAACUUCCUAAUUGAAGUCCUUUCCUUUAAUGUUUAUAUAUGGAAAAGUUCAUUCGUCCAUACUUGCUAUAACAAACCUAAUACCUGUAAAUGCCCGUGUCUGUAUUAGCAGCUAACUAUUAUUCCUCAUCAGACAUUGAGUGAUAUGCACUAUUUGAAUUAUGUACAGAUGUCUGCAUAGCACAGUAUUAUUUUUAGGAGCUGUUGUCCUAUUCUGUACUCUCCAUUUCUGGCACCAGUAAAUUACAGAUCUGUGAUGUCGACAGCAGUUCUUUAAAUGCACAUUAUAGCCAGGUUGCACAAAAGCUGUUUAAAAAUUAAAUGAUAAAUUCUGUACAUAAUUCCACUGCACCUAUUGAUCUGUACAGAUAGCAAAGACAUGGCUGCUCAGUAAAUAUGUUUUAAAAUUCUUAUUCAUUUUGUAUUUGUAAAACUGCAAAUAGUGUCAAAGUACAUUUCUAUAUAUGAGAAGUCCAGUAAACCUUGUAUUAGCUAAUAUGUUUAAAUUGCCUUGUAAUCUGUUUACUUAGGUUACUCAGGUAAAAGAAAAUAAGACGAACACAUGAACAUUAUGGUAGGAAAAUCUAUCAUCUUCCAAGCUGUAAACAUUAUGUUUUUAUAACUUAGUUUGGGUGCAAACUUGUUUAAAAAAAAAAAAAUCAAAACAUUUUUGUUUGUUGUAAACUGUCAGAGUUGGGUAUCUUGGCCGAGUUAUGACACUUUACAGCGGUGGAAGAUUUGUUCCAGAAACUCAUAUACUCUGAUACAAUCUGAAGGGUCCAAAUCUUGCAUACUGUACUGGAAAGUAGGAUAUAUUGGUUUAGUUUUCCAUUGUGAUAUAACUUUGCUUUCUCAAGAAGUACAUAUAACGAAUUUGGCAUAGUCUGUUACUCAGU